UGUCUUUUCAUGAUAUUUUAGAGUCAGUGCUGGUAGCAGUCUAAGUCUGCCUGAGGGGUUGCUCCAGUCCAGCACAGAAGUCUGCACCUUUAAGCCCGCAGAGUGCACCGAGUUCGUGUGUCCGUAAAGGCGCACGAUAUGACCGAACAGUGCUGACAGCCCAUUUACCGCGCAGACUACAGUAGGACAGUGUACCUACAGUACAGUAACCUGGCGGUUCCUAGUCAAAAAAAAAUGUCUGCGUCUUUAAAAAGAACUCUUUACCGAGUGGUGCAUGAUGUCAGGCUGCCUGCACUGUUCAUGUGAGCGGCGUUCACUUCCUGCAAAGGGAUAGAAGAGAGAGAAAGAGAGAGUGGGAUAGAGAGAUGGGGGACGAGCAGCAAAGAUAGGACUGGACUGAUAGAGUAGUGAGCCAGCGGACGAGGGGGAAACCGGGGCCUGCUUUUGUUUUGUUUUUCACACACCCCGCAAACUUUAUCCGAGGAGAAAGCGUGCCACAUCUGCGCCAGCUGACAGCCGCAGUUUAUGGAAUAGCGACAUAUAUCGGAUGUCUCUCUCCGUGGCGGAGUCUGCAGUAAAUAUCUGAAACCCCAUCUUCCUCUUCCUCUGCGGCCAACAUGUCCCAGCUGCUCCAUGUGGAGAUCCCGAACUUUGGAGCCACAGUUCUGGGCUCCCUUAAUGAGCAGCGCCUGCUGGGACACUACUGCGAUGUAUCCAUUGUGGUCAAAGGUCAGGCUUUCAAAGCCCACCGGGCCGUUUUGGCUGCCAGCAGCCUCUACUUUCGUGACCUCUUCAGCAGCUCCACCAAGAACCAGUUUGAGUUGCCCUCCUCAGUCACACCUGCUUGCUUUGAGCAGAUCCUCACUUUCUGCUAUACAGGGAAGCUAACAAUGGCAGCUAGUGAACAGCUGGUGGUCAUGUACACAGCUGGCUACCUCCAAAUUCAGCAUAUAGUUGAAAGAGGCAUGGACCUAAUGUUCAAGGCGAACUCACCGCACUGUGACUCGCAGACAGCAGGGUCUUUAGAAGAAACAGGAUCCGAGCCACAGAGUCCAUGUAAUAACGGUAACGGCCUGGCGGUGGCGGCCCUUUUGGGAACCCCAGGCUGGUCUCCAUCCUUACUCAUGCCGCAUCAACGUAAGAUUAAACUAGAAGGGGGCGACCCGACGCCCCUGACAGUACCUUCAACGCAAAGCAAGAUCUCGUCCUCGGAGUUGGGGAGUCGGCUGACGAGGGCCAGUUCACUGUUCUAUACGACGGCUGGAGGGACCCCCAUCCCCGGCAUGCCUUCUUUCCAUCUUCAAGGCUCCGGUGGAGGUGGAGCAGGAGGAGGAGGGGGAGUCGAAAGGUCUAGUCCCGGAGCGUCCAGCCUGCCAACCACUGACAGUCCUACAUCCUACCAGAAUGAGGAUGAGGAGUUUGAGGAAGAGCCCUAUGACGGUAUCGCAGAGGAUGCUUACAGUCAUCUGUAUGGACGUUCAGCUAACCCCUACGGCAUCCAGGACAAGCCAGAGAUGGCAGCGAUGCCCUUGGCCUUGGAGAGCCGCAACUGCGUGCUGAUCCGCAGGGACCUGGUGGCGCUGCCUGCAAGCCUCAUCAGCCAGAUAGGCUACCGCUGCCACCCUAAGCUCUACACUGAGGGGGACCCGGGGGAGAAGCUGGAAUUGGUAGCUGGUACACAAGUGUUCAUGACUCGAGGUCAGUUGAUGAAUUGUCAUCUAUGUGCUGGUAUCAAACACAAAGUCUUGCUUCGCCGUCUGCUUGCCACGUUCUUUGAUAGGAACACUUUAGCCAAUAGCUGUGGGACAGGUAUCCGUUCUUCUACUAGUGACCCCAGUAGGAAACCCCUGGACAGCAGGGUCCUCAACGCUGUCAAACUCUACUGUCAAAAUUUCAACCCUAACUUCAAGGAGAGUGAAAUGAAUGUGAUUGCUGCUGACAUGUGCACAAAUGCAAGGCGUGUCCGCAAGCGAUGGUUGCCCAAGAUCAAGUCCAUGCUGCCUGAUGGCAUGGAGGUGUACCGUGCAGGAAUGGGCAUGGGUGCUGCUGUCGGUCUGGGCUUAGCACUGGGUGCCCCUCAACAGGGCGUACCCCUCCCCUUUGAGCCUGACUUCAAGGCCCUAGAGCAAAGGUUGUAUCCAGAUCGCAAGGACCCUCUCAGGACUCACCCACCGCUGACAGAGGGCAGCCCUGGGUCCGGGGCGGCUGGAGCAGAGGCCGAAGGUGAAGGUGAAGGAGUAGUCCAGGAGGAGCAGGAGGAAGAUGAGGAGGAGGCUGGGUUAGAAGGUGUAGACGGAUCACUGGGGGCGCCAACUUUGAUCCCGGGAGCUGAGGCGGGCAAUUGUGGCGACACACCGUCUGAGCAGGAAGUUGAAAAUUUUGGACAAGGUCUGAGGGUGAACGGACAGUGAAUGUCCCUUUGGGCUGCCUCACACAUUGUGAAAUCUGUUUAACACCGCAUUUUCUUUUGCUUGCUCUCUUACUCUUAACAUCUCGUCCACCACUCUUUCUUCUCCUCUGUGCUUCCUCAACGGGAAUUAUUCAGCACAAAAAGCUGCGCUCGUAGAUCUUUAUUAUACAAGAAUUUGUCACAGAUGCAUGCGCACACGUGUGCUUGUGUACACGCAUACUUACUGAUAGUGGAAGUAGAUCACUCAUAGUAGAAGUAGACACAGGCAUGGCAUUAGCACACGAAGAAAACCAACCCUUGCUCCACCCUUUUUUUAGUAUAUUCAGUAUUUACUCAGUAUUUUGGCACCCGCAGCAAUAUUACAAAGGCCUGAUAGCAGAACAAAUGGCUGGAAUGAUUCAUAAUUUCAGUGGAAUACAAAAGUAACAUCUGCUAUACUGGCAGUUAAUGGAGUGUGGUAUAAUGGUUUGUAAAUGAUUCUGUUUUCUUGGAAAACCGCAUCUGAAAAUAACCCGUGCAACCUUGGGGAUAAACGGAUCACAGAAAGAAUCCCUCAUAAAAACACAGAUCAUUUCGUUGUAUGAUAAACAUGUAUGAAUAUAUAACAAAGACUGCAUUAUGAUUAAAGGUCAAGCAGUGCACUACCACCAUUUAACAGAACACAUUUCCCAUCUUUUAAAGCAUCUUCUUAGGGAUGAAGACGUGGAAACGUUUUUCUGCGAAAGGAAACACUUGGAGUUUUGUUUUCACGCAUAUUUACCCGCGACAUUUUGGAUUAGACCGUCAAUGUGAUGCCUGUGUCUGCUCCAGACUGCCCUUUACCACAAACACACACAAACAGAUCCACACAUACACACACACGUGUGCACAUUUCUCACCUUAUGAUAGUUAGCCUUUAAUAUCUGCACCGAUGCAUAAAAAUACACUGUCCAAAAAAAUGUAACAAUGCUUUUUAACUUUGAAAGAUCCUUUUACAUCAUUCUGUCUUGGAGAUACAGAGAGAGACAUGAACAAGAACAUGCACUAAAAUCCAAGCUUGCAUGCAUGAAUACAAACCAUGGAUACAGAGAAUUAUUGAAAACAAAGCCACAAACCUGCAUCUAAAUAAGAAAACAGCUACCUUUGCCUCGAGAUAUGCCAUUAAAGGACUUUUUUUCCAUUUCUCACCGGGAUCUGACCUCAGUCUGACACAUGUUAGAACUGGCCUGGGUGUGACCCAGGAUCCACUGUGUUUGACACAUUGGAUUUUCUUUUUUUAACUACGGAGCGUGCUGUCGCCACGUGUAGAGGAGACUGAAUACAUGAAGUCGAAGGAGUAAGUGCACUACACUGAGUGGUAGAAGAGAGAAGCACUUUUUCACCUUGAUGUGGUGGUGUGAUUGGCACCGAGACUACAUAGCCCUGCUUCCAUCCUGCUUUCUUUUUUUUCUUUUUUUUACCUGGGGGGGUUGGGGGGUAAAUUAUUGAAUAAAACUUAUAAGAGCAAUUUCUGCUGGCUUAUUGCAUUUGCACUCAAAAAAAAGGGUGGGAAACUUUGGCAAAAUGUAACUGUACUAAAUACUGAAAAUGUCCUCCGCUUCACCCUGAUUGUUUAUUUUCGAUGAGGAGAUUGUGGGUUCGGAGAGAGAAAACUCUUUCUAACUUUCUAUUUUUUGGAAAGGGGGGAGGAGUGAGGCAAUGUCGAACAGGGACAUAAACCUGUAUUUGUCAUACUUUCUUUUUUGAUAUCUGUUUUCAUGCUUUCUGCCACGCAUAGGGACACAGUCCACACAGCCUUUCUUUGUUGUUUUGUGCAUUGAUUUAAAGAAAUACACUGUUGUAUAUGUUUUUUUUCUGUUUACUAUUUCAAAUCACAUUUAAUCAUAAGUUCAGACCAUCAAAUUAAGUGAAACUUAUUGGCAAAGUUAAUCAGACUUUUCCCCUGCAAACAUUGAUAGCAUAAGCUAACAAAGAAUACAGUAUAUACCCCUGAUAUACUUAAUCUGUUUAUGCUUUAGUGCUGUGCCACCUCAAAGGUUGUUUACUUGUUUUGGAUUCCUUAGGAGAAGCUUUAAGACUGCCCUGCACAAGAAACACAGGGUUAUAAUUGCACAAGGUAAUAAUAAUUUUAAAUCUUAAUAAUAAUGACGUUUACAUCUAUUUUUUUUUCUUUUUGGAAGAAAUGUGAUCCAACAUAGAUAAAACAGCGCUGUUUUCGAAUGGCUGAGAUGAUGAAUGAAUGUAAACUGUAGCACUGCUUUGGCGAGGGAUUGACUGAAAAUGGUGACGUACACUUUUUUUUCUUACAUGAAGAAGUUUUUCCUAAAUUGUAUACUAUAAAAAUGGGCCAUAUCAUAACGUUAAGGUAACUGUGAGGCUGGAAGAUGUUCAAACUGAAUUUUUUUGCUAUUUUUAAACUCGUCUUCCAAAGUGGUGAACACCAGGGAGUGUUUCCCUUAUUUUCACAAAACUGAGCAAAGAUCGAGCACAGGCUUUUAUUACUCUAUUGGUUAUUCUACUUUUAUCCCAACAAGCUCAUCUUUUUUGACAUUUUGAUAG